CCCGCUUGCGCCUCCGACCCUGGCGAGGGCAGAGGCUCCUGGCCGAGGCGAGGCGGGGUCGCGGAGAUGUGAGGUGAGGCCCCGGCCAGGGUCGCGGGAACGAGCGCCCAGCGGAACUGCCGCCGCCAGAGCCCCCCGGGGCGCCCAUCCUCUCCUGGUCGAGCCCUCAGGCGCCGAAAACUACAACUCCCGGCAUGCCGUGAGCCCGACGGCCGCAGAGCUGAGGCGGGGUCGGCCGCGUCAGCCGGCAAGCCGGCUCUCCACGGCGGCCCCGGUCACUGCUGCCGCCGCCGCCGGCGCCGCCGCCGCCGCGCGCGGAGGGGGGACGCGUGCCAUGGAGGACGUGCAGCCCCCACCGCAGGCCGGCAGCAAGCCGCACCUGGAGAAGCUGACCCUGGGCAUCACUCGCAUCCUAGAAUCUUCCCCAGGUGUGACAGAAGUGAGCAUAAUAGAAAAGCUGCCUGCUGAACGUCAUAUGAUUUCUUCAUGGGAACAAAAAAACAAUUGUGUGAUGCCUGAAGAUGUGAGGAACUUCUAUUUGAUGACCAAUGGUUUUCACAUGACAUGGAGUGUGAAGCUAGAUGAGCACAUCAUUCCACUGGGAAGCAUGGUGAUUAAUGGCAUUUCAAAACUGACUCAGCUCAUCCAGUCUUCAAUGUAUUCACUUCCUAACGCACCAACUCUGGCGGACCUGGAAGAUGACCAAGAAGAAGACAAUGAAGACCAGCAAGAGAAGCCUCACUUUGACAGUCGCAGUGUGAUAUUUGAGCUGGAUUCGUGCAAUGGUAAUGGGAAGGUUUGCCUCGUCUACAAACACGGGAAACCUGGAUUAGCUCAUGACACUGAGAUCUGGUUCCUGGACAGAGCAUUAUACUGGCAUUUUCUCACAGAUACCUUUACUGCCUAUUACCGCCUGCUCAUCACCCACCUGGGCCUGCCCCAGUGGCAAUAUGCCUUCACCAGCUAUGGCAUUAGCCCACAGGCCAAGCAGUGGUUCAGUAUGUACAAACCCAUCACCUACAACACAAGCCUGCUCACAGAAGAGACCGACUCCUUUGUGAACAAGCUGGACCCCAGCAAAGUGUUCAAGAGCAAGAACAAGAUUUUAAUCCCAAAAAAGAAAGGGCCUGUGCAGCCUGUCAGUGGCCAGAAAGGACCCGGACUCUUAGCUCCUCUUACCCCUAAACCUUCCUCUGGCUCUGGAAACCCUGUCCGAAAGUAAGCAUCCCGUCAGCCUCAAAGCAGGGAUAUCAAUGCACAGGUGCCCUGGGGUGGCCCCAUCCUCAGACACUUUGUGACUGUAGGCAUUCUCCUGAGGAACCAAAGCCUUAGGCCAGGAGUUGGAAAGACCAUACUGAAUUCUCCCCAAGAGUCCUUUCCUUCAUAGGUUGUGCCAACCCCGUCUCUAAAACCAGCUAAGACUUUCAGAUGUGUCUAGAGGUUUACGUUUUGUUUUAUUUGUAUGUCUAUACCCAAUCCUUAACGUCUUAGCAAUAACUACAGAGGUCCUCCCAAAUAAACCCAUGGCUCAACUCAUGAAACAUCAGUAGCAACUAAUCAUGUGACCACCUCUGUUAUGAACACUUUAUACCCUCAGUUGCAUUAGCCACACUUCAAGUAGGCAUGUAAUAACGGGUUCCAUAUUGAUAACACAGAGAUGGGGAACAUUUCUGUCAUAGAAAUGUUUUUGGACACAUUGCAUGCAAACAUUUUCAUACUGUUAGUGUGUAAUGUUGAUGCCUUAGCUUUUUAGGCUGUAUGUUUUGAGAAGACACUUUGAAAGACAGUCUUGCGUUCUUUACGACCUAUACCGCCAACACAUCGCACUUGAGUCAUGGCUUUUUUGUUUAAUUCACUGUAAAAUCCCUGUGCUCCUGAUCAUUUGCCUAUAAGGGGUUUGUUUCCAGCUUUGUAUGGAUAUUUCUACAUUUACCAAAACUAUCUUUAAAAGAGAUUGACCCCUGCUGUAUUUUAUCUGUUAAAGCCCUGGGCAUUCAUUUGCAGAUAAAGCCAGUCUGUUCACAAAAAUUUCCAGCUGUUCUGCUUAUUCACAGUUGAGAGCUGUCUCUCCCAGCUCCCUCUGGUCUAAGCAGUAGCCUGCCUAGAACAGUGUGGGGUGCCAAGAGGCCUUUGUAAGUAAGCAUCCUGUAAUCCAGAAGAAACGUGGUGGGAUUAGACACUGAGCCACCCCACAGGUUUGUCUCAUGUUAAAUGUUAGGCAUAUAACAGAAUUUCUGUAAAGAACUUACUCUGAUUUUCACUUAGGAAUAUCUGAUUCCUUCCUCCACAGUCCUGGCAGUGGGCAGGAGUUACCUACCUAGUCCCAAUGUUCUUAAUGGCUGCAGUUUUUGUAUGGAUAUUCCAAAGGUAGAAGAAUAAAGAGUUAGGAGGAGAGGAAGACUGCACACUCCC